AUGGGUGAAGUCGGUAAAAGAAAUCGUCCGCAGAGAGACCGUGGGGACCGUAACGGAGACAACAAAAAUCAAAAGAGGCGUGUGAAUGACAAUGAAAGGGACAGAGGCGAGUUGGUCGUGUAUAGGAUACUUUGUCCGGAUGGGGUUAUUGGGAGUGUUAUUGGUAAGAAUGGAAAAGUUAUAAAUUCAAUAAGGCAAGAGACGAGGGCGAAAGUCAAGGUUGUGGAUCCGUUUCCUGGUUCCAAGAAUCGAGUUAUAACUAUCUAUUGUCAUAUUAAGGAUAAGGAAGAAAUUGAUGCUGAAGAUGAAUUUGACAACGAUAAGCCUUUAUGUGCUGCCCAAGAUGCUCUUAUCAAGGUUCAUUCUGCCAUUUCGAAUGCCACGGAAGCUGCUGGUGAUUCUGAGAAGAAACGGAAAAGUAAAGAGGAAUGUCAAAUUUUGGUUCCGUCAAGCCAGUCUGCUAUUAUGAUUGGCAAAGCUGGGGCCACCAUUAAACGGAUGAGAGUUAAGACGAGGACAAAUAUCAAGGUUGUUUCAAAGGAUGCAGCUGACCCUGAGCACUCAUGUGCUAUGGAAUUUGACAAUUUUGUGGUGAUUACAGGUGAACCGGAAGCUGUAAAAAGAGCAUUAUUUGCAGUUUCAACUAUUAUGUACAAAUUCUCCCCCAAGGAGGACAUUCCUCUUGACACAUCUUUACCAGAAACCCCUCAUAGCAUUAUCAUUCCUUCUGAAGUUCCUAUUUACCCUCCUGAUACAGGAAAUGCAUGGUCUCUGUACUCAUCUUCCCUUCCGGUUGUUUCCAGUCUAGGUGCUUCUCAAUCUGAAGAAUUAGUUAUUAGAAUGCUGUGCCCCUCUGGCAAAAUUGGACAUGUAAUUGGGAAGGGAGGGGGUACUAUUAAGCGUAUGAGGCAAGCUAGUGGUGCUCGUAUUGAGGUUGAUGAUUCCAAGGCUCGUCAUGAUGAUUGCUUAAUCACUAUAACUGCAACAGAGUCUUCAAGUGAUCUGAAAUCCAUAGCUGUUGAAGCUGUUCUUCUGCUGCAAGAAAAAAUAAAUGAUGAAGAUGAUACCCCGGUUUCAAUCCGGCUCUUGGUUCCAUCUAAAGUGAUAGGGUGUAUUAUAGGGAGAAGUGGUUCAAUCAUAAAUGAAAUUCGGAAGAGAACUAAGGCUGAUAUUCAAAUCUCAAGAAGUAAUAAGCCCAAAUAUGCAGAUGACAAUGAUGAACUUGUUGAGGUGGUAGGUGAAGUUGAUUGUGUGAGAGAUGCGUUAAUUCAGAUAAUCUUGAGACUAAGGGAGGAUGUAUUGAGAAAAAGGGACAUUGACCAAAAACCUCCCAUAGGGGCUGAAUCUUUGUACGCAGGCAGUUCUGUACUUUCAGCACCAUCUAUGCUACCUUCAAUUCCUGCUGCUGCACUAGCUUAUGAUCAGAGGACUGGAAGUGCAUCUGGAACUGGACUGGGCAUGCACUCUUCUAGCAGCCGUUAUGGAUAUGAUUCCUACUCGAUGGCAGACAAUGGUUAUGGAUCUAUUUCUUCUUAUGCCACCAAGAUGUAUGAUGGACAUAGUUUGCCUCCCCUGUCAACAUCAGAGAUGUUGAUUCCUGCUAAUGCUGUUGGCAAAGUGGUGGGUAAAGGUGGGGCAAAUCUAGCCAAUAUCAGGAAGAUUUCAGGAGCAACAGUAGAGAUUUCUGAGUCCAAAUCUUACCGGGGUGAACGAGUUGCUCUUAUUUCUGGCACAUCUGAAGAAAAGCGCGCAGCUGAAAACCUGAUCCAGGCUUUUAUAAUGGCGGCAUAA